GCCAGACGGGAAACAGCGUGCCAAGCAGUCCCGCACCCCGGCGAGGAUACCAGAGAGAGGUAUAAUGAGACCAUAAUAUGGGCAAUGAGAAUUCAAAAGGAGUAACUAUACCGAACAAGUCUGGAUCAUGGGAACCGUCAGCAAUGGAAGCAGUUAAGGACGUCACGGAGAAGGUGGCCGUGGACCUGGGUGCCCUCCUAGACGCCGGGGACGACGCCAUGGUGACGCUCGUGGCAGGCGACACGCGGCUGGUGGCGCACAGGGCCGUCCUGGUGGACAGGAGCCCCGUGUUCGCCGCCAUGUUCGCCCACGACACCCUCGAGGCGAGCACUGGCGUGGUGAGCAUCGCCGACGUGGGGGGCCCCGUGCUGAGGCAGCUGGUCUCCUACCUGUACACCCUGCGGGCCCCCCAGCUGCCCGCGAUGGCCGCCCAGCUGCUGGCCGCAGCGGACAAGUACGGCGUGUCAGGGCUGAAGGCGGAGUGCGAGCGGCAGGUGGCCGCCCAGCUGACCGUGGAGACCGCGGCGGCCGCAGCCGCCCUCGCAGUCCGCCACUCUUGCAGCGACCUCAGGCGGGCCGCCGUCGAAUUUAUGAAGACACGAACCCGUGAGGUGAUGGCCACUCAGGGGUGGGCGGAUGCCAUGUGGAAGCAGCCGCAAGACUUGAUCGAAGUGAGCCCGCUGCUGUACGAUCCACCACCAAAAAUCAGGAGGCUCUCUGCAAAGGAGAGAUGCAGCAGACUGAUCCAGGUGGCCGAGCAGGGGGCAGUGGGGGAGCUGAGGGCGCUGCUCGCCCAGGGGGCCGACGUGGAGGCGAGGGGUGGGGUGUGGGGGUGGACUGCCCUGCACUGUGCAGCACAAAGGGGAGACGUCGAGAUGGCGUGGCUGCUGGUGGAGGCGGGGGCGGCGGUGGACGCCAGAGACAGCUGGUGGCAGAGGACGCCUCUGCACGUGGCUGCAAUGUGGGGUGGCACUGCUGUGGCGAGGCUGCUUCUGUGGGCGACUGCCGAUCCCAACGCCAGGGAUGGCAGAGGGUGGACGCCGCUGCACUGGGCAGCAGCCAAUCGCCACGCAGAAGUUGCGGCUGUGCUGCUCGAGGCGGGGGCUGACAGGGGGGCCACAGCUAGUGAUGGUCGGACAGCACUGGACCUCGCCAGUGAUGAAAAUGAGUGGAGGCUGAUGGAGUUGCUGUCAUGA